CGUUUUCAUGGAUUUCGCUCGAGGUGGUCGGAAAACUGGCGGUGCAGCUGAUGAGUCACCUGACAGAAGCGUUGGCAGGAAUGGAAGCACCGAUUGAGCCAGAUGAGAUGGAGAACGGCCCGCACAAGCCGACGAAGGAAGCUGUUUUGGAAAUGGUGAUGCGUCGGUUGUGUUUGGAGACUCCGGGGUGGACGGCGCCGAUGGUGCAAUUCCUCAACGACGAUGAACACUGCGCGGCGUUCCUGAGCUUCAUCACGUUGUUGGAACCUUCGCUGAACGAUGACGCUGAGUCGUUCCUGCACGACGGUCCGUCCCAUUCGCACAUCAAGGGUCCCAAGGUGCCCCGCGAAGACACGGAUGUCUCCGAGGACUUGAAACGCAGCUAUCGCGCCACGAUGUUGGUGGCUGGCGACGACACAUCCGAUCAAGUUCUUCUCCUCUUGAGUUCGAAGGCGCGCGUCAUGACCAAAUGUCUCUUUCCCAUUUUCCAAUCCAACUCGCGCGGGAAUCUCCGUCACGGGUGCAAAAUCCUUGACAAGCUUCUCCGGUUGCAUUUGAACGACGUCCACAACGUCGUGGGGGUGAACGGCCGAACAUGCGGUCGAUACAUGCAGUGCUUGCUCGAGCACAUCGAACACCCGCACGUGUCAGAACUGUUUCUCACGAUGAUAUGCAAACCGCACAAUGCAGCGUUGCUGCGUGUGUACAUUUCACCGCCUGCGACCAAGAUCAUGUUCUACAAGGCCCUCGCAGACAUCAAGAUCGUCCUCCUUGUCGCUCAGCACAUUUGCGACACCCAGUACGACGAAGUCCACGCGAUCGCGGCCGCCGACGUCCUGCUGGAACUUCUCGAUCGCUUGGCCGCCGACGACUAUGGCGGCAUCGUGCUGGAACCGUUGGCGCACUCGACCCAAUUGCUGGAGAGCCUCGUGACGACGGCGCUGACCCCCGAUGGCAAGUCAGCGCAGUCGUUCCUCGCUCCUCCUUGCGGUCGCCGCACAGCAGCCAUCCGGUGCCUCUUGGGGCUGCUUGAAAAAGCUGCGCAAGACCAAGUCGUCGGCCCCCCCACGUCGCCUUACCAGUCGUUCGGGUCAACAGUCGUCAACAUGGUGCCCAACCAGUUGCACGUGGCCAAAGCGUUUGUGUUUGACCGGGUCCAAGCGCAUCUCCCCGAGAUCCUCACGUACUUGCAAAAGCAGUUUGCGGCGCAGCACGCGUCCACGGCGUCGGACCACGGUGUCAAGCACACGGCGUAUACGGUCGCCCACCCGUUCACCGAGUUUCGCAUGCACUUGGUGCAGCUCCUCGUCGCGCUCGUCGAGCAAGCGCCGAGGACGCACCUCGCCACGUUCUUCACGACGGACGUGUGGCGCAUUUUAAUCGCGUGGUUUGUCCAGUACCCGCACAACAACUUGUACCACCACGCAUUUUACCGCCUCGUGUUCCUUGCCCUGCGCACGGACGACGCCGCCGUCCUCAAGCCCCUGCUUCAACACGCCAAGCUCGUCACGACCCUCAUCGACAUCUACCGGAAGGACCCGACCGCGUCGUCGAGAGGAUAUAUCCUCCAAGCGUGCAAUGCGAUUCGGCUGCAAGCGGCGACGUUGCCCCCGGACGCGUUCCUUCGGUCGUUCUUGCAGUCGCACGCGACGUGGCGGUCGUUUGAUGCCGAACUUUGUGACACAACCCAGGCGUCGGUGGUCAAAGGCCUGGGCAUCCCCGUCCCAACCAACAUGAUGCGGAUGAUGCCGCCUCCCGCGGUCGAUGGGGCGGCGGCUCCCCCCGCUGCGAUGGUCUCCGAUGGCGGUAGUGUUUUUUUUGUGGUCGAGUCAAAUCUUUUCAUCGACUUUUUUUUCGCAACUGCGCAGGUCGCCAUAACAUCGAGCUCGGGUCCGAGUUUGCGUGGAAACUCGGGUUUGUCGACGACGAAGAGUACGAGCCAGAGGAAGGCAUGGACAAGAAGAAGAAAAAGAAGAACAAGGGCAAGAAGAAGAGCUUGAUGGGGUCGCCGGAUCAUGUGAACGAGAGCGAGGGCGACGAGUUGAGUGCAUCGGCAGCUGCCCCUGGCGAGUCCGGCGACGACGCGCCGUCGACUACCACCAGUUCGGACGACGUGGAAACUUCAUCGGUUGGGAAGAAAAAGAAGCGAAAAAAGCACAAAAAAUAACGAGACGGCGCGCACGGCACGUUGCAAAAGA